UUAAUUGUUUAUAUAAGUGAAUGUAUGUAUGAAAAUCUUCAUCAUCAAAUAUACAGAUGUUAAUUACAUUACCAUCAUAUCAUAAAUAUUCAUCAUCAUAAUCAUUAUCAUCACCAUCAUCAUCAACAACGUUAAUCGUCUUUAAAUGUGGCCGGCUAGCUAUUAAAUGAUGCAAUUAAGUGGACAAACGUUGAUAGCUGCAAAUCUAGCAGAACCAGUGUUUUUCAAUAAUGAACUAAAUUUCAACACUAGGUCCCAUUAUCAUAAUCAUUUUGAAAUUUCUCAUCGUAACAGUAAUCAAAGUAGUAUUAAUAAUCAUAAUCAUCAUAAUAUAAUAAUCAAUGAGGAUAGACUUCGAUUUCAGCUGAAUCCGCAACAAAUUAUGAGUCAGAAUAAAAGCUUAACAGCUACCUCACCAAUGACAAUGGUUCAUAAUAGUUUGCUCAAUUCAACGGUCAAUCAAGCCGAAACAACAAUGUCAAAUAAAGUAGGAAAAUAUGUUCGAGAAAUUAGCUCAUCACCAUUAUCGGUCAGUGCCGAAUCAAAUCAUUCAACAUCACCGAUCUCUUCUCCAUGUAAUGGAAAAUCAAUUGAUAGUGAUGAUGAUGAACGUAUCUCUGUUUCAUCACCACCAGUUAAAUCUCAUCAAGUAUCAUCGAUCUCGAAUUAUUCGAUGCCAAAUCAAUUGGCCAAAUUAUAUGGUUAUUCAUUGGGUCAAGGUCUUCCGAAUCAAUUUUCAUUUUCAUUUGGAUUUCCAUUUCCCUACGGUCAACAAUAUGAUCUAAAUUUAGCAAACAAUUUGUCCAAUCAACAAUGUUCUCAGAAUAGUAAUGCACUUCCUAAACAAACAAAACCAUCAACAAAUUUUUCUGUUGCUUCAUUAUUGGCUGGUAGUGGCGAUAAUGUUAGUAAUGAAGAUAAUAAACAUUCUGAAGAUUCAAACAAGAUAAUUAACGUGAAUCGUAAUUGCUCAUAUUCUGAAGGUGAAGAUGAUGAUGAUAUUGACGAAGAAAUGGCCGAAGAUUCAGCUGUCAAAUCAUCAUUGGAAAAAAUAAACAAAGACAAUGAGGAUGAUGAUGAUGAAGAAGAAGCUGUCGAUAUGAGCAAUAGAAAUCAAGAAAGAAAAAUUUCGGUUACACGUCUAAGUGCAAGUCUUUCACCAUCACAUCAACUAUCACCACCGAAUAGCCGUAGUAAUAGUCCAUUUUCAUCGGAAUUUAAUAAAUCUUCCGAUAGUCAACAAACAUCAAAGAAUUUAACACAUCAAAUGAAUGUUGAUUCAAUGUCGGCUGCAUUACAACUUCAAUUGGCAGCAGCAGCAGCGGCUAGACAUCGAUUCUCAGUUGAUGGAAUUAUGUUGAACAACAGUCAGACACCGGGUUCACAUCCAUUGUUUUCUACACAUGGUCAAACACAUCCAUUAAUAUCAGGUGGACCAUUACAUCAUCAAGCAGCAGCUACAUUAUCAAGUGGUGGACAUCCACCAACACAUCAACCACCAACAUGGCUUCCACAUCCAGCAGGACCACAUCAUGGUCUUGGUGGUCUUCCUGGUGCACAUCCGUUGAAUCCAUUUCAUCAUUGGCUUGCCCAGGCAUCUGGCCCAUUAUCACCAUCACACAAACCUGGUGAUCCACCAAGAAUACCUGUGAAAUGUGCAUUGAGAAAACAUAAAAGCAAUAGAAAACCUCGUACACCGUUCACAACACAACAAUUAUUGGCAUUAGAACGAAAAUUUCGUAAUAAACAAUAUCUUUCCAUUGCUGAGCGUGCUGAAUUUUCUAAUAGUCUUAAUCUGACUGAAACACAAGUGAAAAUAUGGUUUCAAAAUCGUCGAGCUAAAGAAAAGCGAUUGAAAGAAGCUGAAAUUGAAAAACUUCGUCUAUCAACACGACCAUUUCCGGGACCAUUUGGACCAUUUCCAGGCCUUCCAAAUGGACAUCCAUUUGUUGGUUUUAAUGGCAAUAUUGCAGCUGCAGCCGCGGCCGCUGCUGCUGCAUUAGCAAGCAGUAAUCAAGCACAGCCGAAUGGUGGUAAUAAAAAUUGUCCACUAGCACCACCACCUUCAUCGACUACAAAUACGAAUUCUACUUCUGAAACCGGAGCAAAUUCAAUAUUUGCAACAUUUCAUAAUCUUAAUUCUUAUGGUCAGCCAUCGCCAUCGAUAACAUCAUCAUCAUCAUCAUCAUUAACAACUGCAACAACGACAAGUAGUCAUUCAAAUACAUUAUCGACAACAAUAACACCUUCCAAUAAAUUAUCAUCAUCAUCAUCUACAAAAACGGCGACAACAACAUCAACAACGAAUGCAAUUAAUCAUCAAACUCGAUGGUUAAGCAAAUAA